AUGGUGAGCUGGUCUAUCAUCGAAUAUUGCGGGCUGGCCGAGAAUUCCUCAUGUGGCUAUUGCAAGAACUCGGGAAGAAAAUCAUCUCUAGGUACGGAGAACGGUAUAGAAGACACGGAUGAUGAGGGCAACUCGGUCUCGUUUGGUUGUUUUGCUCAUAUUAUGGACAGUGAGAGUUUUAUGCGACUGCUGGAAUACGGGUGGGGCGGGUCGGGAAAGUAUAUUUAUAAACCGACAAUGGAUCGAACAUGUUGUCCUCAAUAUACUAUUAGGCUUGAUUCAACCAAAUUCUUUCUAUCGCGAAGCCAAAGACGUGUUCUUCGUCAAAUGAAUGAGUUCCUCAAAGAUGGCACAAAGCCAAGGAGUCGAAUUCGAGAAUCGAUUCCGGUUGAUGCGGAGAGUUCCUCAUCAAAGCCAGCACCACGGAUAAAAGAAUCGGGUGAUACUAAAUCUCCGCGGAAGGCAGUGGAUAAGUCUAACAAUCCAGUGCAGAAGAAGAAAGAACUCCGACGUCAACGGUGUUAUGCUCGAUGGCGCGCCAAAGGAUUGGAUGUGGAAGAGAUGAAGAAAGCUAGAGCUGCUAAGGAAGAAGCCCGGCGAAGGACAGUCGAAUCUUAUAUACUGGAGCCAGACGAUACGUGGAAGCACAGACUAGAGGUGAAACUCGUUCACACCGGCAGCGAAGAAUUCAGGAAGCGCUACAACGAGUCGUUUUUACUGUAUGAAAAAUAUCAAAAAAUUAUCCACAAAGAUGAUGAUCCAUCAAGAGCGGGUUUCAAGCGUUUCCUCGUAGACACACCUCUCUUUGACGAUGAACCUUUACCGUCACCUGAGGGACUGACAACUGGCUCCUAUCACCAGUGGUAUAUACUCGAUGAUAAACUAAUUGCAGUUGGAGUAGUCGAUAUUCUGCCAAGAUGUGUCUCUUCAAAAUAUUUAUACUACGAUCCUGAUUACUCCUUUCUUAGUCUUGGAACGUAUACUGCUCUGAGAGAAAUUGCCUUUACUCGUUUUGUAAUGCGACAUCGACCGGAAACCAAAUACUAUUAUAUGGGUUACUAUAUUAGCACUUGUCCAAAAAUGCGUUACAAAGGAUCAUUUCAUCCAAGUGAACUGCUAUGCGAUCGAACCUUUCAAUGGGCUGUGCUCUACGCUGACAUCGAAGAAGUGAUGCCAUCACUUUAUGAGCUAGCCAAUUCAGAGGCCAUACGGAAUAAGCUGGAUGCUUUCGCUAGCCGUAUAGGAAGUGAUAUGACGAGACUUGUCAUCUACCUGUCUGACUUGCAGGGUAUCGACGUGGAAUAG